GCAUGGAAGAUUCACUUGUUGCAGAUCCUACAAAGUUUUUUUAAAAAAGCAAAUCUCACCAGUGAUAAAUUGUACCUGACAAUGAUUUGUCACACUGUAUUAGAAGGUUCCGAAAACAUUUCCAGCAAAGAAAAAUUGAAGUGCAGGAUCUCGGGAUACAUCGCGCUCGUCACAUCGACUCUGCUGAUGCUGAUUCAUAUUCCAUUAGCAUYAUCAUUGUCGCAAUUUUCGACUCUUCGAAGAAGGUGUUGGUACUCGUCAACUACGUUCAGAGGCACGGCGACGUGCUCUGCUAUUUUCGCACAGAGCAAUGAAAAYGAUGAGAUUCCCUCGAUGGAUUGGUUAACCGACACUUUGAGCACUCCACCAGAAAAGGGCACAGGCGCCACAGGAGGUAACAUGUAUAGCGACGAAAACAUGGCCGACGCUUCGCCGUACCUGGAAGAGCACAGUGUCGAAGGAGACUUGGGGGAUGUCCCUAUUCCAACAACUGGAUUGUCGGUCUCUGACGAGAUGGGAAAGACCCAAAAAGAUCGUUUCUACAGCCAACUUGUCCCAAUAACUGGGCUGGGGAAAGGUGUCAAAGCGCUUCGGAUCCUAUCAUCAACUUCUGUAGGUGCAUACGAGGCUGUUCGGUAUCUGAUUCGUCUGAAUCGAAAAGAGGACGAAGAGGAAGAAGAUGUUGAUUUGGGUCUGGACUUUGACGAAAUCGACCUUGAAAUGUACCUUGACGACGACGAUGAGGUAUCAACGUCCGAUUCUCAAGAAACAUCUUCUUCGCUAUCUUCUGGAGAGAGAGAUGAUUUUGUCAUGGUGGACAUCCCACCAUUUUCUGAGAAGCUACUGAAGGAAAUGAAAUCUGUCAUGGGACCAAAUGGUCGCCUGUCUGCUAUUCUAGUUACAAGCCAGGAAUGUAUUCAUUAUGACGAAGCUCCCGGAGUUUAUUCUGUUCGCAAAGCGGAUCUGACAAAGUGGAAACGCGAAUUCCCCGAAACAGCAACCGUUGCAUAUAGAAUGGAUAUACCAAGAGAUUGUCGUGACUCAAUCACUCAGCGUCUGGACGGCUAUGGGCCAUGGGCCAUGGUCGAAGAACCAAAUGAAACUGGGAAAAUUGACACCGGGUCAAUAUUCAAAGAAUCAGGUCUACCAUUCACCGUGAACGAAUGGGAUCCUGAGAUGGCAGAAGAUAUUAUGACCGGGAAACGAAAGCCACCAGGAGAAGAGGAAGACGACGAUUCAGUGAUUGAAUUGGAUGCAAAUGGUGGAUUUACACCUGACACAAUCCGCGCCAACGAAGAGGGCAAACAGGUUCUUGCUGUAUAUACGCCUGGCCGCACCUUUGGAAGCACGACAUAUGUAUUUCCAGAACUCAAGCUUUGUGCGUCGGGAUAUUCUUUGCCGUUGGAAGAUUCAAGAGAGGAAGAAAAUCCCGGAAUGGAUUCUCCUGGUCCUGCUCUCGACCACAGGGGCUAUAUCACAACCAACAAAGCAGGAGUAUCUCGCCAAGUUGAGUCUGCCAGGGAACUCGUAGAGAAUUACCAUGAUCGAUUUGAAAUUUUGCUGACUGCGCGCGGAGAUCCCUUCUAUUUCGAAGGGGAUGCACGAGACCGCCGGGAAACUUUGAUGGAGAUCAUUGGUCAGUACGAGAAGCUGGGAAAUAUCUAUGAGCAAUUGGGAAUUACGGGCAACUAACUGGGUUUAAGGUAACUCAACGGCUGAUGCUCCGUUGCAAAGAGUACGGCGACAAUAAGAUAUGGUCUUCGAG